AUGAGGAUGCUGAUAAAAAAACUAGCCAAUAAUAAUACCUCGUCAACUGUAGGAACUGAAUCCUCUAAUACAGGUAUCUUUGAGGCUAACUAUAAUCUGGCACCAAGCGCCUAUGGAGCAGUUUACCGUGCUGAUUUAGAUGGAAAUAAGUUGAGUUAUAUGAAAUGGGGAUUAAUUCCACAAUGGGUUGGCGAUCUCAGUACAUUCAAAGCAAACAAGACUUUCAAUGCUAGAGAGGAACACUUGCUGGACAGCAAAAUGUGGAAGCCUUGUGUUAAUUAUAAGAGAUGUGCAGUGCCCAUAAGUGGUUACUAUGAGUGGAGAACCAUUAAUAAGGCAAAGACUCCAUAUUAUAUAACCAGGAAAGACGGUAAAUUGAUGUUUUUAGCUGGACUGUAUGAUCAUAACAGAGCUUAUGAUUUUUACUCGUUUACUAUAGUAACAAACACCGCCCCCAAAGAACUAGAAUGGUUACACCAACGUAUGCCUGUAGUAUUAGAACCUGGCACCCUCGAAUGGGACAGUUGGUUUGAUCAUGAUAAGCAUGAAUGGUCCGAACCUGAAUUGAACAAAACCUUGAAAGCCACCUACAAUUCUGACAGUUUGUUUUGUUAUCAAGUUUCAAAAGACGUCAACAAAGUCGAGAACAAAGGUGCUAGAUUAAUAAAGCCCAUUCUCAAAGAGGAUAAGAAAACUUAUGAUGCAAUAAAAAAAGAGGAGUCUAUGAAGCUAGAAGACUCUGAAAAUAUAUCGUUAUCCCAAAUGUCAGACGAGGAAAAGAAUGAAUCAAUGAAACAAGAAUCAUCUACAAAUUCAGAAGAAACAGAAAAGGUAAAAAGAGAAGACAGGAGUUUAUCAUCUCAAUCGUCAGACGAUACAAAGUCGAAGAAGCCCCCCAAAAAGAGGCAGAGCAUAGAGGAUAGGUUACGUAGUUCCACAAAGAAGCAUAAAACUUAG